AUGUAUAAGUGGAGUUUACUGCUACUUGCGUCUGCCGCAGUGUUUCAGCCUAUUGCGUCCUUCACCGAGCACAAGCUCGUCGAUGGAAGGCAACAGUGUUGUGAUCACCAGCCGCAAUUACUGCACCGAGACACAAGGCUCUCCGUGUAUGGAGCCAUUGACAAAGUAUCCCAAGAAGACCGUUUGAACAACAGGUAUGCGGUGCCGGCAACAAGCUAUGAAGUAAGGAGCGCUGAAUCUAAAGUGUCACGUGUGACAGAAAGUCCAGGUUCCAGAUUAGUCACCAGCCGAACUGGUAGAAUAUCCCAAUUCUCCCGUCAAGCUGCUGACGGGAGUGAUUUUCGCGGACAAAGUGGCACACGUUCCAGCUGGAUCUCAAACCAGAAAGAACGCAACUUGCGAGAAAACCGAUUAAUAAGAUCGAGGGAUGCCACAGCACGAAGUGCCAACGAGCGACGUUUCCGAGUGUCGGUGGAUAUUCGGCAAGAACCUCGUUUUACCAGAGAUACUGAUAACAUCCACAAUAAUCGAGCAAUCAGGGAGAAUAGAAACAUACUUCAAAGUGCGGGAAAUGACGUAGACCGGGCUAACAUUUGGAACAGCCGAAUUCUUAGGGAGACUUUAGAACAAAGCGUUCGCGAUAUCAGCCGUACUAGGCUUCCUGUAGAUAGGUCUAUGAUGGCGGACGAGAAUAGGCGAGUUGUAAAUGACGCUAGGAUCCGCAAAGUCAACUUCAAUCGUCAUAUGAUUAGAGAAAUGUCUUACGAAAAAAUGAGUGUUCGUCAAACUCCUGAAAUCAGACGUGUUACUAAUGACCAUCGAAGAGAGCAAACGCGUGAGGAUUUUAGGAAAGAAGAUCGUGUUGAAGCUGUCACUGGUCGUCGAUUUGCAGUAUUUUCUGUAGGAGGGCGUCAAUCUCCUAGUUACUCCAGGUCUGAUAGAGAACUUCGGCAAACCCCUUAUGUCGGUGAUCGUAGAACCGUAAGGUCUGUUAAAAGCUCAUUUACUAGAAAUUUCAAUGGAGAACGUCGUCAGUUCGUACCGAAGUCAUUGGAUUCUCGAUCAAAUCCAGUUUUAUCAUCACUGGAAACCAGGACUUUUCUUGAGCGCAGAUAUGUGGACGAAACAAUGAAUGUUCGCUCAAAAAAUAUAGAACGACACAACAGAGAUAUGACAAAUCAUGAACGUUUCAAAACACAAAUGACAAGAAUUGACGAGCGAAGAAACUCUCUAUUAGAUGAACAAGAACGCAAACAAAUUAGAAGAUCCACUGUGGAAAGGAUGGAAGCUAAACGUAGCCGUCGCGAAACUCGUGACAUAUCUUCAGCAAGGCAAGGUUCGGUUGAAAGUCUAAGAUUCGGACGUCGAGACACAAGAUUUGACAAUAGAGCCGAGACUAGAAACCAGAGGAGCUUUUCACCAAAUCAACAAGAUCGCAGAUCCUCUGACCGACACAUGGAGCGAAACAACAGCGUUCGUGACGGAAUGACUUUAACAAGACAAGUACGCUCGGUAAAAGAUCUACGGUUAGAACGUCGAGACAUUCGGUUUAAUAUUAGGGCCGAGAAGAGAUCUAACAACUAUGAGUUAGAAAGUUCAUUGAAUGAACGUCAAGAAAAUCCUAGAUUUACUAACCGACGAAUGGAACUUAGCCGUCGUGAAGCUCGUGAGAGGGUGACUCUAACAAGACAAGCACGAUCGGUUGAAAACCUAAAAUUUGACCGACGAGACACAAGAUUUGCCAAUAGAGCCGAGACUACUACUAGAAACCAGAGGAGCUUUAACAAUAUCAAUGAGUUGGAAAGUUCAUUGAAUGAACAACGUCAAGAAAAUCGUAGAUCCACUGGCCGACGAAUGGAACUUAGCCGUCACGAAGCUCGUGAGAGGGUGACUCUAGCAAGACAAGCCCGCUCGGUUGAAAACCUAAGAUUUAACCGAAGAGACACAAGAUUUGCCAAUAGAGCCGAGACUACUACUAAAAAUCAGAGGAGCUUAACCAAUAUCAAUAACGUAGACAUACGAAGGAAUUCACGAAAUGUACAAGAACGUCAGGAAAAUGGCAGAUCCACUGAACGACUUAUGGAACGAAGCCGAAAUGAUGCCCGUGAUGGCAUUCCUUUAACAAGACAAGCUCGCUCGAUGGAAAAUCUACGAUUUGAUCGCAAAGACACAAGGUUUGCGAAUAGAAUAGAGACUAAAAACCAAAGGAGCUCUGGCGAUUCCGAUUUAGGAAGAUCGUGGAAUGAACAAGAACGUCGAGAAAAUAUCAGAUUCAUGGAUAGACAAUUGGAACGAAAUCGUCCCCAAACUUUUGACAAGAUGACUUUAGCAAGGCAAGUACGUUCGGUUGAAAGCCUAAGAUUUGACCAACGAGACACAGGAUUUGCCAAUAGAGCCGAAACUAGAAAUCGGAGGAGCUCUAACAAUAUUCGUGUCGUGGACGUACAAAGGAAUUCUCGAAAUAUACAAGAACGUCAGGAAAAUCGCAGAUCCACUGAACGACUUAUGGUACGAAGCCGAAAUGAUGUCCGUGAUGGCAUUCCUUUGACAAGACAAGCACGCUCGAUGGAAAAUCUACGAUUUGAUCACCGAGACACAAGGUUUUCAAAUAGAAUAGAGACUAGAAACCACAGGAGCUCUAGCAAUUUCGAUUUAGGAGGGUCAUGGAAUGAACAAGAACGUCGAGAAAAUAUCAGAUCCUCUGAUAGGCAAUCGAAACAAAGCCGUCCCCAAGCUUAUGGGAGGACGACUUUAGCAAGGCAAGCUCAUUCGGUUGAAAAUCUAAAGUCUGAGCGCCGAGACACGAGAUAUGCCAAUAGAGCUGAAAGUAGAAACCAGAGGACCUCUAGCCGUUUCGAAGAAAGGUCCGAAUUACGGCUACCUGCGAAAUUAGAAAUAGAUGUAAGUCGCACUCGUGAAACUCCCAUGAGCGAUGACCGAGUUCGGGAAAUACGAAAUAGGCAAGUCCGAAACGCACGAAUCGCUGACAGGAGUGAGACUCGUUCCCGACUGGCGUUAGCAGAAGUUGCAAGAUUCCGAAAUGAGUUCGCGAGCACGAAGGGCACGAAGCAGUCGUUCGUCUUGAAUUGGCAGCACCUGUUCUAUACUCUACAAGGGAUUUACCUUUGUGGCGUUAUCGUGACCAUGAUGAAGGAAAACCCUAGCAGUCACAAAACAAGAUCUUGGUGGGGACUAUCCACAAAGGCUAUCAAAGUUGAUUAA